UAGUGCGGAUUAGGAAAAGUCAACAAAAAAAUUCAAGCUGAACGCUGAAAAAAUCCUCGCUAGCGUCACGCAACGUGCAUGCCACAGCAAACAACAAACAACAACAGCAACAACAACAAUCAGAACAACGUAAAAGCAAAAAUGUAAAACAAUAACUAGAGAAUCCCCACAACAAGAAAAAACUACUUACAACAACAACAACAACAACAAAGAGUCAGUCGCUGAGGCAAGAGCCGUGGCAGAAACCAUAGCAUACCGACAGGCGCACGUUUACUUAACAUGGUUUGCAUACUGCACGGAUAUUACGAUGCACAGCCUAAAAUGCGUUUUAGCCUCUCACCACCGCCGCGGAAAGCCAGCCUAACCUCCCCUACCAGCAGCACCACCACAAACAGCAAAAAUAGAAGCACCGCCACCCACAACAUGCUGACACGCAAUGGCGGUGGAGGCCACGAAAGCAGCUCCAGCACCACCGCCGCUGCAGUCGCCAGCGAUGAGGAUGCUGCAUCGGAUUACAAUCAAUGGCUGCAUGCCAUGAAGCUGGUCGCCCGCCUGCCCGGCGGCACCCCACCCGAAUUCCGGCGCAAGCUGUGGCUGUCGCUGGCGGACAAAUACCUCAAGUCGAAGAACGUGGACUGGGCCAAGCAGCGGGAGAAGUGCUUCUGCGAGGAGUGGCGCGAGGAUGACGAGGAGCUGGGCAUACAAAUCGUUAAGGACCUGCAUCGCACUGGCUCCAAUUUGUGCACCGGCCCCGCGGGAUCCAUCAACCAGGCCAAGCUGAAGCGCAUUCUGCUCGGGUAUGCCCGCUACAAUCCCGAGGUGGGCUAUUGCCAGGGUUUCAACAUGCUGGGCGCUCUGAUACUGCAGGUCAUGGACAAGGAGGAGGAGGAGUCCAUGAAGGUCAUGAUCUAUCUGGUUGAGGGCGUACUGCCGACGGGCUACUUCUACGGCUCGAUGGGCGGCCUCCAGGCGGACAUGGGCGUAUUCCGCGAACUGAUGCAAACGCGUCUGCCGCGCCUCGCCAAGCACCUGCAGCGCCUUCAGGGGCCCGUGGAGAAUGCCUACGAGCCGCCCUUGACCAAUGUCUUCACCAUGCAGUGGUUCCUCACCAUGUUCUGCACCUGCCUGCCCAUGUCCUGUGUGCUGCGCGUCUGGGACCUGGUGCUCAUCGAGGGCAGCGAUGUCAUCCUCCGCACCGCUCUCGUUCUCUGGAGCCUCCUUGAAGAACGCGUUCUCAGUGUCCGUUCAGCCGAUGAGUUCUAUGGCAAAAUGGGUUCCUAUUCGAGUGAACUGCUUAACGGCCAUUUGAUCGAUUCGAAUGGACUGAUCGAAAGAGUCGUCAAGCUAGGACCCAUAGCGGAUCUCAGGCAGCUGAGGGACAAGCAUCUGUACAACAUUGCCCCUCUCCGACACCAACAGGGAAUGCAACUGUACUACGAUGAUGAGGACACGCAUUCGGAUGAGGAGCGCAUGGCGGUGGCCACCGUCUGGGGUCUGAACUGGGGCCGUCGCGGCUCCGUGGGACCAGCAGCGGGCAAGCAGCCUACGGAGCCGAAGGACCGCAUGGCCCUGGACAUUUCGCUGCUCAAGAAGCAAUACGAUCGGUUGAGGGAGCGCCAGAAACAGGCGCAUGUCAUCCUGACCACUGCCUGCUCGACGGCAGCCCGUCAGGGACCACCGAAUACUGCCCAGGCCUCGGUGGCAGUCAAUCAGCUGCUCCUCGGCCGGCCGGCCAUCAUCACCAACAAGGGGAAGAGGGUGAGUGCCCCCCUGGGAGCCAUUCCACCUGCCAGGAAGCCCUCCCUCCCAGCCGUUCUGCACACCAAACCUUCCACCGAGAAGCAGCUGCGACGUGGCGAGACUCUGCUGUGGCGGGACACGGACCCCACUCUCAGACGCCGCGACAGCCUGACCUGGAAGGAGAUCAAAGCGGAACGGGCGGCCAUAAUGCGCGAGGGCGCUGAUAAGACGAUGAAGACGCAGAAGCUCCGAUCGCGAUUCGGCAAGAGCGACAGCUCCUCGUACAGCGAGGACAGCGAUGGCGAGCAGGAGCAGGUAGAACGCGCCGGGGGCAGCGGUGGCAGCGCCGGCGGCGGUGGAUCCAGCACGGACACCAGUCUGUGUGACGACGAUGACCCCAAGUCGACGGAGAAAAGUCCCAAGCAAAAGGCGAGGCUGGCGCGCAAGCUAAAGGAGAAGCCGCAGCUGUUGACGGGGUCCCGAGAGGCGAGCUUGGAGCGCCAGAGACCAAAGUCCUGGGCUCCCAGCUCCCAUGAAAUUCCCUUCAUGCUGAUGGGCACAGAGAGUGGGGAUGAGAAGGAGCCGGCCGCCAAACAGGAGGCGGAAGCUGCAGAGGACAGUGCCACAGAAAGCGGCCGCUUCGGCAAUGAGUCCGAGCUGGCCAGCAAAAUGGAGCCACUGCACCUGCUGGUGGACACAGUUAUCCCUGGAAUCACCAGCACCAGUCAGCUGUCGCCGAUGCCGGACAUGGCCAGCUAUCUGGGCGCGUCCUGCAUCAGUCCGCUUCCGACGCCCAGGCCGGUGUCCAUCGAUCCCCUGGGCAUUGAGGGAGCAGCAGGAGCGGCGAGUGCGGCAGAGGAGCAGGCCGUCGAAUCCACUCCACGUCGGUUCGAUUUUAGUGAAGAUGGCGUUACCAAUCAGUAUUUCGAGCGAGUGAACAGUGUGGAGCGUCCCAGCCGCCUAGAACUGUCUUACUCCCUCAACGAAGAGGGAACGGACGCUCGAGCGGUGUACAUGGAGCAGAGGGCUCAGGUGGAGGGACAGAGCGGCGAGCAGGAGGCGAAGGCAAUGUCUCCGCCUCAGAUAAGGGAAGACCUGGUGGAUGCGGAUGACAAAGUGCCGCAGAUCCGCGACGACAACAUUCCCGGCGAAAACAAAGACGACUACAAGGAGGUGCUGAGCAUGACGAUAGAGUCGCACCAGCCACCGCCUCCGACAGCCGCCAUUUUGAGCAAUGCCAGCCGGAAGCGUCACGAUCCACGACGCAAGACGCUGACCAGAUCGUCGACGAUCGAUAUCGAGGAGCGUUUCCAGGCGCUGGAGCAUCGCAUCAGCCAGGAGCACUCAUGUGAUAAGCCCAAGUAUAUUCCCAGCACGGCCGCCUUGGAGGAGCGAUUCGAGACCCUUGAGAAGCAGCUCAGUGCCGAGAAGGUGCGAAAGGAGCUGGAGGAAAUGGAUCCCGAAUUGGCCGAAAAGUCUGAGCGGAUUCCCUCAACAGCCGAUCUAGAGAGCCGUUUCGAUGCCUUAACCAAGCAAAUGAGUUCCAGUGAAUCAAGUUCCAAGGCUCCCCCGGUGGACCUGGGAGAUGCAGAGCAGUCCAGCGGAAGUGGCACGAAAGAGCAGAAGGACAGCGAGAAGACCAGCAAACUCCACAGAUCAGAGGACUCCCAAUCCGAGACAAAGGACACAGCAACAACACCCCAAACGGAAAGCACUAAAGGGUCGGAAACUGAUAAAAAUAAAGAAGAUAAAGAAGGAGACCAGCCACGCCUUAGGAAACUGCCCUCGACAGCCGAGCUGGAGGAUCGUUUCAAUGCCCUGGAACGCAAAAUGAGCGUACAGAAGAGUAGCCCAGCCAAGACUAAAAAGGAGCCACCAGAUGAAGAGCCAGACAAGGAGGAACCCAAGGCCCGAAAAGAGCCAGCCAAGGAGGAAACUAAGGCCCGAAAAGAGCCAGCCGAGGAGGAACCUAAGGCCCGAAAAGAGCCAGCCAGGGAGGAACCUAAGGCCCGAAAAGAGCCAGAAGAUUCAGAAAUUAGAGAUGAGAAACCCCAAGAAAGACGGGCUUCAAAGGAUUCAAAGGAUUCCGAAGAAAGCAAUAAACGAAACGAAACGGUUAAGGUUAAGGAUAGGACACCAACGAAAACCCGUGAAGAAAAAGAAGCGUCUAAAAGAGUCGAACCAAAACCAUCGGGAAAAGACAGCCCCGACACGAAAGUGGAAUCAGAGAAGGCAAAAAAGAAGCCAGAACCAGAAAAGGUGGAAAAUCAAGAAGAACCUGUGAAGACUGCACGUAAGUCCCCACCUUCCACAGAGGAGCUGGAGAAGCGUUUCAAUGCCCUGGAGAAGCAAUUGAGCACAACCAACCUGGAGUCAUCCAAGGAAGCUGAGCAAACAAAAUCCACAGCAAAAGAUCAGAGGUCGACAGAAGCAAGGAAUCAAAAGGAAGCUGAGACUGCGGAAAGGGAACAAAAGUCCACGAAAACCUUUGAGGAGAAGCUGAAAGAAGUGAAUACUGCACUGACAAACGAUCAGAAGAAAUCAGAGGUCGAAGUUCGAGCCGAGGAGAAGCGAAAAAGUUUCGAAGAGCGAUGUAAGAGUGCCAGCAAGACGUUGGAGACCAAAGAAAAGGAGGUCACUGCAUCGAAGAAAACGGACGAAAUUCCAGCAAAGAAGGCUAAAGAAACCCAGGAAACUUCAGCAAAUAAUAUUGAGGAGUCUCACGAAACAAAAAUUGAAAAUAGUCGAACAAAAAACACUGAGGAAUGUCAGCAAACCGAACAGAAGGAUCUCAGUAAGAGAAGAGCUUCGGAACCGCCCUCGACAGAGGAUCUUGAAAAGCGCUACGAAACCCUGAAGCGCCGCAUGAGCAGCAAGAAUCAUUUUUCCACUCAAAGCGAGACCGUGAACCAAGCUCUCGAACGGAUCGAACAGGAGGUCAUCUCGGAGUGCAGUGAGGACCGAGCGGCGGAGAAGAAACAGCCACCUUCAACGGAGGACCUGGAGAGCCGCUUCGAGGCGUUGCAUGGCAAGGACAAGGCGGAGAGCAAAACCAAGUCCCAGCCCAAGCUGGUGGAUGUGGCCAUUGAGGCGCAUAUACCUUCUCCGCCCCCGGCUCCUCCACUGCCACCCGCGGAGCUGAGGAUCCUGGCGGCGCCCACACUUCACCAGCAGCAGGCACUCAUCGAAGAGCUCCAGAGCAAAAUGCAGGGACAAGGCCCGGGUGAGGAGAACCUCAAGCCCAGCCAGAUCAAUCCGCAGCGAAAGCAACGGCAACAGCAGCAGCAGCAGCAACGACAACGGCAGCUGCAACUGCAACAGCGACCCACAACGAUGGGCGAUGAGACCUCGGAAGCACCUGCAAACACGGCUUACUACAGAUCGGGAAAUUAUGAACCCUGGCAGCAGCGAACGGUUCGUCGUUUCUCCGAUUUGCCCUCAAGGGCCGAUCUGGAAAACCGAUUACAAUUCCUGGAGAAGCAAUUGUAUAAGAAAUUCUACAAGCAGCGCUGUGCAAGUGAUUCCGAAGUUGCAUCGAAGGCCAAUGUCCUAGUGAUCAGCGCUGACGGGCCGAGCACCUCGCGCCAGGCUCUGGCCGAAGGCCAGCUGGAGCAGCGUGUCCUGGCCCUGGAGAAGCAGCUGAGCGAGAACAGUCUCAAGUUGCUGGAAGCCAUGCGCGAGAAGUCAGCGGCGGCAGUGGCUGUGGCCCCCCAGAGCGAUGACAGCGGCUCGCCGCGUCGGCUGAGCACGGACACCAUCGAUGCCACCACCGGCAAGGAGCUGGUGCGAUACACGCAGAACUUUGGCGAGCUGGAGGAAGUGGACUCCCACAAGCCCAUCAACAUCAGCAUCAACAUCAAAAUGAUGGUCAACAAGGACUCUGAACGGAAGAGGAGCGAGUCCAAGCCCACUACAGAGGACCUGGCACGACGUCUCGAGCGGCUGGAGGCACAGUUGGUGGAAGAGAGAGCCAAGAACGGCACCGUCAUCCCAGAGAAUGAAGCUUUGGAAGAGCCGCAGCCACAGCCGGAUAAACCCGAUGAGAGUGAAGGCUCCAAAAAGCAGGAGAAGGAUUGCCACAACCAGAAUGUCAAAAGCGAUGAGACGGUGAGAUUGGAGGACCUUCCGCCAGAGAGCAUUGAGCCCGAAACGGUGAAGGAGACCAAAACCCUGGAAAAUGAAGAGAUAGCCCAAGCCCGGGCCAAAGAGGUAGAUGUCGAUAAAACAGCUAAAGAGGCAGUGGUCGAUCCAAAGUCCGAGGUACAAGAGGAGAAUACCAAACAGGAAGAUGUAAUCAAAACCGAACAUGUUGAAGAGCCCUCUUUCAAGGAAUUGGAACCCCCUCAAGCUGAGAAAGACAAACCCAACAAGAACGAAGAAACGAAAGCAACGAAGUGCUGUUCCGACGAGUGCACAGCCACGAAGGAAUCCUCCAAUCAGCAGCCAGAAAAGAACCAACCAACUACCAAGGAUGCCUCCAAGGAAAUGCCAGACAAAAUGGUCACCAAUGGCAGCGAAACUGGACCUGUGGAUGCCAGCAACAAGACUGUUGUGCUCCUUAUGGACAAUGAACCCAAGGCCUCAAGACUCAGGCGCCUGACCAGAGCCAACACCGAAGAACUCGAAGAUCUCUUUCAGGCCUUGGAAAAGCAGCUGAACGACCGGAAUUUAAUCAAGUCCGAAGAUGGCCGCCUGAUACGAGCUGAAAGCAAGCCCUCUGCCGAGCAAGUGGAGCAGGCUCAGGCCAUUACCGAUCUCACCAAACAGAUCGAGGAUUAUACCAGUGGAAAUGCGGAAGAAGAAAAGCCGGCAAAAGAGCCUAAAGAACCGAUAGAAGACAAGCCAGAGGUUGAAGAGCCAAACGACUACGACUGGGGACCCAACCCGGUCAAGCAUCACCUGAAACGAAAAACGGUUUACUUACCCUCGACGAAGGAGCUGGAGGCCCGAUUUCGUUCGCUCGAACGUCAGAUCAAGCUGCUCGAGGAUGUGGAAAAGAUCGAUGUGGAGCAGCGCUUGAAGGAAAUCGAACGCAAGAUCAAAUUGCAAUACUCGCUCUCCCACGAGAAGGACCUCAACAAGUAUCUAGAUUUGUGCGAGGGCAAGGGCCUAGACGAUGACGAUCUCGCAGUUGAGGAGACACCAACCAAGGAGGAACCACCUCCACCAGCCAACCAACGUUCGCGUAGUCCUGCACGGAAGGUGGCCACCAAGUCGCCGUACACUUCUCCAUCGCGCAAGGCAGCCACCAAGUCGCCGUACACUUCUCCAUCGCGCAAGGCAGCCAGCAAGUCCCCGUAUUCAUCACCGUACACCUCCCCGUAUACAUCACCAUCUCGUCAGCGUCAAAAGACGCCGGGUUCAUCACCGACUCGAGCCUCCGAAAAGAAGGCGAAAAGAAGUCCCUACACCUCGCCAGUACGUCGCCAGCCGCAUCCCAAUGAUCUGCCCAUCUCCGAUGACCUGGAGUUCAAGUAUAGAGUGCUCGAUCUGGUACGGUCCAAGUCGAAGGAGAAUCUGGCCAGGCGUAUGAACGAUCCCAAUCGAAAGCCACCCAUUCAUCCCCUCGAAAUGCUGCUUGAUCCGAGUCCCGAUAGCAGCGAAAUACCCACAACCGGGGAGCUGGAGCAUCGCAUUCGCCUCCUGGACGAGAAGCUCAAGUCUCCUGUCCGACCCUCCCGCCACAAGUCGCGCUCUCGCUCCCCCACCAUCGAGGAUAUCAAGCGCAAGAAGAUGCUGGAAGAGCAGCAGCCCCGCACGCCAGUGCACAAUCUCGAACGCCUGGUCAGCUCUCCGGGCAGGCCAGAGCCCCCCACGGCUGAGGAGCUGGACGUGCGCAUGCGGGCUCUGGAGGAGGAACAUAGCUUCGACUUUAAGACACAAAAGGACUACAAGGCCUUUAACCAAAAGCUCAAGGACGUUAUCUCGCCCUCAAUCUCCUUCGAGGAGUUCAAAUCGGCCAAGUCGCGCGAACAGAGUCCUCGCCGGGGAGGGGGCGCCACCACGCCAAAGUCUGCGAUGCGACGCGAUGACCACGAUGAUUAUCGACGCGACGAUGCACACUCGACGCACACCCACACGCACUAUCGACCCACCAGUCCCAAGGUGAUACGCUUCCGGGACGAGGACGAGGACUACUUCGAGGAGGCGUCAGCGCCGCGCCCAAAGUCACGCCAGUCCAGCGAACGAAUGAAGACUCUUGCAGAUCAGCCAUCAAGCAUUCGCAGCUACAGCAGCAGCUCGGCAGAAGGUCUAGACGCCCUGGGCAGUCGCCUGAUGAGGGAAACAUCUCCCAUCACCCGCACUGGGACGCACACGGGCGUGCCGCUGAGGACGACGGGUGAGAACAUCAACGAUCGCCUCAGCUCCAUCAAGAACUCGAUCAAGUCCAUCGACACACUGUGUGAGGAGAAGCCCUACCAAAAGGAGAAGUGCCAGCGCUACAUUGACUCGCUUUUCACCGACUCCCUGCACUUCGCCAGCAAGAAGAGUUCCGUGGAGGAUCUCGCCCACAGUCGCAGUGAGAGUCGGGGCCGGACCAUGCAACGCAGCAGCGACUACACCCCGUCUAUAAGGAUAACCUCGGAGCAUCGUUCGCUGGGCUCGGCUGAGUCGCGGCGCUCGUUGAGUCCCCUCGGGAGGGACGUGAGUCCGCUGCACCAUCGCUCGCACAGGGACAUCAGCAGGGAUCUGUCGCCGCGCAGGAGACGCGGAGAGCAGGAGGACCGGGAGGAGCGGGAGGAGCGCGAGAGCAGUAGGGUAAGACGUGAUAAUAUGUUGCCAAAUUAUUUUGCUGAUAAUCGUAGCGAACUAAGUAGCGGGAGUAGUUUAACCAAGUUUCAUAAAGUAGAUAGACAACUAGAAGAGACGUGCGCCAAGUACGCGGACGACCGACGCUCGGCCUGCAGAACACCGUUGAGCUCCCCAUACGAGACCCGAUCCUCAGCCACACGGCACACCACCACCACAACAACAACAACAGGUACCACAAUAUCAGGAACAGCCACGGCAACCGAUAGUUUCCCCCGGCCUGUGUCGCCCUACCGACAGCCCUACGAUCCGUACAGGCGUCCGAAUGCCCCUGCAGCCCCUCCUGCCUACCAGCCAGCCAAGCUGGAGAUCCGCCACACGACGGUGACCUCGACCUUCUAUGAUCGCUUCCUUACGGAGAAACAAAUCGAGAAACAGACCCUCUCCCGUCCGCCCAGCCGUUCGCCCGUGGUGUCGCCAUCGGUCACCACCAAGAGCUAUAGCGAUCUCUACCAGUCGAUCUCCACCACGAGCAGCACCUCCACACCCAUUACCACCACUGGCCACACCUCAUUCAUGUCCAGCAGCUAUGCAGGCCCUUCAUUCUCCCAGCCCGGCGGCAGCAAUUACUCAUAUCUGAGCACGCACACGGCCGGAUCCGGCAAAUCUCUAUCGCCUAUCGGCGGCAGCAGUUCCUCCGAUCUGCGACUGCAUAGCACCGACAACUUGCUUGCCUCCACCACAACAUCCGCUUCAGCCAUCACGACAUCGAACUCUUUUAUGCCCUACAACUUCUCCAGCUCCUUGGGCAGUCGCUUAACCGAUCCCAUUUCCAGCUGUAGUGCCGCUAGUGUGACCACUACUAGCUCUCUGACGUACUCCACUGGGGUGUAUAAUCCAAUGAUGUCAUUCACAUUGCGAGAACCCUUGACCAGUAGCUCCCUGGGCGGGGUGGGUGUGGGUACUUCCUCCCUGCUCGGUCAAUAUCAGUUUAAGACUAGCUUUGGCUCAGGCUAUACCCCCAAGACCCCCACUGAACAGGACAAGCCGUAGAGGGACGCACUGCUCUACCACUGACACACAUAUUCCACACCUAACCUCACUCCGCAUAAAGAUCGUUUACCGAUCAAAUCAAGCUCAAAUUGAUUACUUUACGAGUGAACAUUUUAAACAUCAGAAGAAUCGUAAGACAAUGCAACAAGCAAUAUAUAUACAUAAUACACACAUCAGAUUUACACAUACAUAUAUAUAUACAACAGGAACAAAAACAAACCUAUAUAAAUCCGAUAUUUACUCUUCCACAAAAUGUUAAGGCAAAACUUUUGCACCAAACCAUCUUUGGCUUCUUGCAACUUACCUCAUCUACAUUGACAGCACCAGAAACGCAACUGAUCAUAACUAAGCAAAGAUUUUUUAUACAAUCUACAUCCUUAUAUAUCUACAUACGAGUAUAUAUACAAAGAUAAUACCUAUCGGAAUUAUAACCAGAAUGUGAAGCGGUUACAGCAUCUUUUUUCAGCGUUAAACAAGUUUAGCUAAUUCCUUUAACCAUUAACCUUUAAACUUUAACCAGAAAUGUUUCUGAAACAUUCAAUUCAACUUAAACUUAACCUUAAACUUAAACUUUUCUUAAAUAUUGUCUAACAAAUACUACAGAAUACACUAGCCAACCAAGAUCACAACAAAGUUAUGCAACGGUGUAGAACUCUCAAUGCAUUUUUGGGCCGAGUUAGUCGUGGAUAAAAAAUAAGCAUUAAUCAAAGAAUGUUAACUGACUGACACGAGCCGUAAUAUUAGUUUACCAAUAUUUGUUAUAUAUAUACAUAUAUGUAUACCUAUACCGAUUCCGAAUGAUAUAUAUUAUAUUAAAUCAUAUAUCGGUUGCAGUUGUUGAAUUUCAGUAAUGAAAAAAGCUCCAAAACUCAAUUAAACCCGAAUGCAAAUGGCUAU